CACGGAGCAUCACUGAGCCAUGUGGAGCCCCGCUUCAAGCGGCUCAGAGGUGGAAACCUAUGACACUCACAACCUUCGAGAUCCGCUGGCCGCAGCAGUGGAUCCAGAGACUGGGGUGGUCUAUGUGCUGGUGGGACAGCAGUUGAUGAUGAUAUCAGCGGAGUCGCCCAAAGAUGGCGAGAUCGUCGCAGUUCCCGCUGCACAAUCCCUGGAGCCCUUCUUUACGCCAGGGCAAGGCAAGAAAUGCCCUGCACUUGCUACUGAGAAGCACGUGCUGAUCGUGUCCAAGACUAAGCUUCUGAUUGUCAACUGCGACACCAAAGAAUCACGAGAGGUGGAUGAUUCUCGAUGGUGUCUUUGUGCAGUAGAUGGGCAGAAGGUUAUUCUGGCAGACAAGGAUGGCUCGGUGUAUGCGGCGGAGGAGCGGCUCUCCUCGCCAUCGUUCCCUGGAAAGAUGACGUUGGUCUCAAAGUGCAAUGGAAGCCAUGCGGCUGUUGAUGCCAACUGUGUGGAGAAGGUGGAAGACUUUGUGAAGGAGCCGGAAUACAUCAUGCGUCCAAGAGAUUCGGGUUCUGUGAUCACUGCCUUGGCUGCUCAGCAGGAGACGUUCUUUUUCUGUCGGGGACAUGGUCUUUAUAGAGGUGAUCCCAUGGAAGAGAUCCUGAAGGAUGAAAGGUCCUCCAACUCCUUUGCCUUUCCCUCCGCUUUGUUUAUGCGUGGCAACACUGCCUUUUCGCAGUGUGCUGAUGGCAUCCGGAAGCUGGACAUGAUCAGCAGGUCGGUGAGCCUGGCCUUACCAGCCGGAGACAUGGUGAUUGAGGGAGAUGCAGGGUCACCGCAGCCAUAUCCCAAGGAUUUCAUUGGCAUCGAUGGCCGUUUCUGCUAUUUCCUGGUGGAACGCGACUUCCGCACGGGUCAAGCCUUGCGCCGAUGGCCGCACCACGUGGCCAUGGUCCAAACAGCGGUGAAAGGCAGUGCGGUGGCACCGGUGGAUGCGGCACCAGCAGGCGCCACUGAGAUGAAAGUGACUGCCAAGAAGGGUGCAGGGCUAUACAUCCGCUCUGCUGAACGGAUGCUCCAGGGCCACUUCGAAGCAAAGGAGGGAGAAACAGCCCCGGGUCCAGUGCAGCAUCUACGACUCACAGCACUGGGCAACGCCAUUGACAUCGCGGUCUCUGUGGCAGUCAAAGUGGAAAGCAGCGGUUUAGCCAGCAUCCGGCGAGUCCAGACCUCCUAUUUGAACUUGGAGGCAGGAAUAGCGGUGCCGCAAAUCUUCAUUGACCUUGAGAAGCUAUGAGCAUUUGUGAGUUCUGGUUCUGAAGCUUCAGAAUCACCCUGAGGCAGCAACCCAUGAGAGGGCUGCAAUGAUUUGCGUAGAUAUCAUUUGGAUUUAUGGAUAGCCAAUGCGAGGGAAAAAAGGAGACAAA